GUGUGUGUGUGUGAGAGAGAGAGAGAUGACUCCUGCUCCGUACCCUGAUUAGAGGAUUUACGCACGCGCUGUGAUCCUGGUGUUCGUGUCUAGGCUUUAACUUUAUCCGCGUGGAGGAGCGCGCGCGCACACACACACACACACACUGCUGAACCAUGAAGCUUCUCCCCGGACUGCAACUCCUAACUUUGUGUCUCUGCGCUCAGAGUGUGUGUGGAAGUACGGAGUGUUCAUGUGGGAAGAAUCACUUCACGUGUGCGGUCAGUGUGUUUGGCGAGUGCACCUGCAUCCCGGCGCAGUGGCAGUGUGAUGGAGACAACGACUGCGGAGACCACAGCGAUGAGGAUGGCUGCAUGCUGCCCACUUGCUCUCCACUGGAUUUCCACUGUGAUAAUGGGAAGUGUAUCCGCCGCUCGUGGGUGUGUGACGGAGACAACGACUGUGAGGAUGAUUCGGACGAGCAGGACUGCCCUCCUCGCGAGUGUGAAGAGGACGAGUUUCACUGUCAGAACGGUUACUGCAUCCGCAGCCUGUGGCACUGUGACGGAGACAACGACUGCGGAGACAACAGUGACGAGCAGUGUGACCUGAGGAAGUGUUCAGAUAAGGAGUUCCGCUGCUCAGAUGGGAGCUGUAUAGCCGAGCACUGGUACUGUGACGGGGACACGGACUGUAAAGACGGAACGGACGAAGAGAACUGCCCCGCAGACGUCAUGGCCGCUACAUGUAGUGUGGAGGAGUUCCAGUGUGCGUACGGUCGCUGCAUCCUGGACAUUUAUCACUGUGACGGAGACGACGACUGCGGGGACUGGUCUGAUGAAUCUGACUGCUCCUCUCACCAGCCGUGUCGUUCGGCUGAGUUCAUGUGUAACAGUGGGAUGUGUAUCAACGCCGGGUGGAGAUGUGAUGGAGAGUUCGACUGUGACGAUCAAUCAGACGAGAACAACUGCACCAUCCCUGUGUGUAUGGCUGAACAGUUCCGCUGUGCGUCCGGUCGCUGUGUGCGGUUGUCAUGGAGAUGUGAUGGUGAGGAUGACUGCACUGACGGCAGCGAUGAAGAGGGCUGUGACAAGAAUGGCUCGGUUCCCUCCUGCGCGUCCGAUCAGUUCCAGUGUGGAAACGGUCGCUGCAUCGGCCAACGCAAAGUGUGUAACGACGUCAACGACUGUGGAGAUGGAACAGAUGAACACCCGCACCAGGAGUGCCGGCCCCGGUCGACUGAGGGGAACUGUAACGUGGGGAACGGCGGCUGCUCUCAGAAGUGUCAGAUGUCUCGAGGUUUGGUUCAGUGCAGCUGCCACACCGGGUACAGACUGAGAGAGGACGGAAAGACCUGCCAAGAUGUGGACGAGUGUGCUGAGGAAGGUUACUGCAGUCAGGGCUGCACCAACACCGAGGGGGGCUUCCAGUGCUGGUGCGUUCAGGGCUACGAGCUCAGGCCUGACAAGCGCAGCUGCAAAGCUCUGGGUCCAGAGCCGGUGUUGUUGUUUGCGAACCGGAUUGAUAUCCGCCAGGUUCUGCCUCACCGCUCGGAGUACACGCUCCUUCUGAACAACCUGGAGAACGCCAUCGCGCUGGACUUCCACCACAGCAGAGAGCUGGUGUUCUGGUCCGACGUCACGCUCGACCGCAUCAUGAAAGCCAACCUGAACGGCAGCAACGUGGAGGAGGUGGUUUCCACGGGCCUCGAGAGUCCAGGUGGUCUGGCGAUAGACUGGAUCCACGACAAGCUCUACUGGACGGACUCGGGGACGUCACGGAUCGAGGUAGCCAACCUCGACGGCUCACACCGCAAAGUUCUGAUCUGGGAGAGCAUGGAGAAGCCCCGGGCCAUCGCUCUGCACCCCAUCGAAGGGAAGAUUUACUGGACGGACUGGGGUAACACCCCGAGGAUCGAGUACGCAAACAUGGACGGCUCGGGACGCAGGAUCAUCGCCGACACCAACCUGUUCUGGCCGAACGGACUCACCAUCGACUACGCCGGCCACCGCAUGUACUGGGUGGACGCCAAACACCACGUGAUCGAGAGAGCCGACCUGGACGGGAAAAACCGCAAAGCCGUCAUCAGCCAAGGUCUCCCGCACCCGUUUGCCAUCACAGUGUUUGAGGACAGUCUGUACUGGACCGACUGGCACACCAAGAGCAUCAACAGUGCCAAUAAGUUCACGGGCAAAAACCAGGAAAUCAUCCGUAACAAACUGCACUUCCCCAUGGACAUACACACGCUGCACCCGCAGAGACAGCCCGCAGGUGGACGGAAUCGCUGCGGCUCUAAUAACGGCGGCUGUAGUCACCUGUGUCUCCCGAACAGUAAGGCGUAUACGUGCGACUGUCCCACCGGCUUCAGGAAAGUCGACCAGCACAGCUGUGCCCUGAGUCUCGACAAGUUCCUGCUUUUUGCCAGAAGGACGGACAUCCGUCGAAUCAGCUUUGACACCGAGGACAAAUCGGACGACGUCGUGCCCCUGGCGGACGUCCGGAACGCCGUAGCGCUCGACUGGGACGCCAGAGAUGAAAAGAUUUACUGGACUGACGUCACCACUGACUCUAUCAACCGCGCGCUGUGGAACGGAUCAGAACAGGAAGUUGUAGUGGACACCAGUCUGGAAAGCCCUGCUGGUCUGGCUAUCGACUGGCUCACACACAAACUCUACUGGACUGAUGCAGGUACCGAUCGCAUUGAGGUGUCCAACAUGGACGGCAGCAUGCGCACCGUGCUCAUUUGGGAGAAUCUGGAUCGGCCGCGCGAUAUCGUGGUGGAUCCGCUCGGAGGGUUCAUGUACUGGACGGACUGGGGGGCGAACCCUAAAAUCGAGCGAGCCGGCAUGGACGCGUCCAGUCGCGUGGUUAUCGUUUCCACCAACCUGACGUGGCCCAACGGGUUAGCGAUCGAUUACGAGACGCAGCGGCUCUACUGGGCCGACGCCAGCAUGAAGACCAUCGAGUUCGGCAACUUCGACGGCUCGGACAGACAGGUGCUGAUUGGCACCCAGCUGCCACACCCGUUCGGCCUCACGCUGCACGAGGAUAAGAUCUACUGGACAGACUGGCAGUCCAAGAGCAUCGAAAGUGCAGACAAGUUGACCGGCUCGGGACGGAGAACGCUAGUGGACAAUCUGGAGAACCUCAUGGACAUCCACAUGUUCCACAGACACCGAGAAGCAGUCCAGACGGCGUGCUCGGUGAAGAACGGAGGCUGUAGUCACCUGUGUCUGCUGGCUCCUGCUCCUAAACGCUCCAGCUGCGCCUGUCCUACCGGAAUAAACCUGCAGGGGGACGGGAAAACCUGCACGCCAGGAAUGAACAGCUUCCUCAUCUUCGCACGGAGGACAGAUAUCCGCAUGGUCUCUCUCGACAUCCCGUAUUUCGCUGAUGUGGUUCUGGCCGUUAAUGGUUCCAUGAAGAACACCAUCGCCAUCGGCGUGGAUCCCAGAGAGGGUAAAGUGUACUGGUCAGACAGCACACUGAAGAAGAUUAGCAGAGCCAACAUGAACGGCUCCGGGCACGAAGACGUCGUUUCUACAGGUCUGAUGACGACCGAUGGUCUCGCUGUAGACUCAGUAGGAAGGAAAAUCUACUGGACAGAUACGGGAACGAACCGCAUCGAAGUGGCCAAUCUGAACGGCUCCAUGAGGAAGGUCCUGGUGUGGAAGAACCUGGACAGCCCGCGGGCCAUCGCUCUAUAUCACGAAAUGGGCAACAUGUACUGGACAGACUGGGGCGAACACGCCAAGCUGGAGCGAGCGGCGAUGGACGGGUCCGACCGUGUAGUUUUGAUCAAUAACAACCUGGGCUGGCCAAACGGACUCGCCAUAGACAAGGCUGGGUCACAGCUACUCUGGGCCGACGCCCACACAGAGCGGAUCGAAGUGGCAGAUCUGAGCGGCUCGAACCGCAGGACGCUGGUUUCUCCGGUCCAGCACCCCUACGGUCUUACGCUGCUCGGGCCACACAUCUACUGGACUGACUGGCAGAGUCGCAGCAUCCAGAGGGCUGACAAAAACACAGGGGACAACAUCAUCACGGUCCGCUCCAACCUGCCCGGACUCAUGGACAUCCAGGCCAUGGACAGAGACAGGCCUCUGGGUUUUAACCGCUGUGGUCGGAAUAACGGCGGCUGUACCCACCUGUGCCUUCCGCGUCCAAACGGCACGUCGUGCGCCUGCCCCACAGGCGUUCUCCUGAAGAGUGAUGGCAGGUCAUGUGACGACAUUCCCGAGUCCUACCUGCUCUUCUCCAACCGCGUCAGCGUGCGGCGUAUCUCACUGGACACCAGCGACCACACAGACGUCCACGUCCCAGUCCCCGAGCUGCACAACGUCAUCUCGCUUGACUACGACAGCGUCCAGGGCAAACUGUACUACACUGACGUCUCACUGGACGUGAUCAGGCGGGUGAAUUUGGACGGGAGCGGGAUGGAGACGGUAAUUAGUCAGGGCCUGAAGACUACAGACGGCCUGGCCGUGGACUGGGUGGCCAGAAACAUGUACUGGACUGACACGGGUCGGAAUACUAUUGAGGUUUCCAGACUAGACGGAUCAGCACGAAAGAUCCUGAUCAACAACAGCCUGGACGAGCCACGAGCCAUCGCUGUGUUUCCCAGUAAAGGGUUUCUGUUCUGGACAGACUGGGGUCAUAUCGCUAAAAUCGAGCGUGCUAAUCUGGAUGGUUCGGACCGGAAAGUUCUGAUCAACACAGACCUCGGCUGGCCCAACGGCCUGACGCUCGAUUACGACACGCGCAGGAUCUUCUGGGUGGACGCGCACCUGGACCGCAUUGAAAGUUCUGACCUGAGUGGAAAACUGCGCCAAGUCCUGGUGACUCCUGUGUCGCACCCGUUUGCACUCACUCAGCUGAAGCCGGUUUCCUCUCCUCUAAUUCGUUUUUCCCGCAUCUCACAGCAAGACCGCUGGAUCUACUGGACCGACUGGCAAACCAAGUCAAUCCAGCGAGUGGAUAAACACACGGGCCGGAACAAAGAGACCAUCCUCGCUAACGUCGAGGGCCUCAUGGACAUUAUAGUGGUGGCACCAAACCGGCAGUACGGAACGAAUCACUGUGGUGUGAAUAACGGAGGCUGUACACACCUGUGUCUUGCCAAGGCUAACGGGUUUGUGUGUGCGUGUCCUGACGAGCCAGACGAGCGCCCGUGCUCCACCAUUGCUGGUUUUGUUCCUGUCGUGCCGGACAAAGUGACCGCCGGCACUCAGGCUCCGAACAGACGCGGCAGACUGCCCACAGACAAACCUCCGCAGGGCCGGCCUGGACAGAACUGCACAGAGAAGAGCGGCGCUGGAGACGGCUGCACGCAGAGUAACGUGGUGUCUGCGCCCCACGGUGAAGGUCUUCAUAUCAGCUACGUGAUCGGAGGCGCACUGACGGUGCUAGCCAUCCUCAUCCUCAUCGCCGUCUUCAUCAUUUACAGGCACAAAAAAUCCAAGUUCGCUGAUCCUGGAGUGAGCAACCUGACGUACAGUAACCCUUCCUACAGAACGUCCACACAGGAAGUGAAAAUAGAAACCAUGCAGAAACCACCCAUAUACAACCAGCUACGAUAUAAAAAAGAGCAGGAGGCCGGUUACACCAACGAGAAGAUCCGUAUAGUGGAGGGGGUGUGUCUCCUCUCGGGGGAGGAGCUUUACUGGGAGGACCUGAAGCAGCUGAAGAUGUGCCGAGGAGGAACCUUUAAAACCUGCAUGCGCACAGACACCGUGUCCUUACAGGCAAGCUCCGCCUCCCUCCAGGCAAGCUCCGCCUCUUUGGACGACACUGAGACCGAACAGCUGCUUCAAGGCGACCAAUCAGAAUGCUCGAGUCUAAACACGGCCCCUGUGGCCACGCCCAAACGGCACAGCACGCUCCCGGACACGGGCUGGGCUCCGAACCGCAAACCUUCGACCGAGAGCGAAGUGUAAAGCCAUCUCUCUCACUCGCAUACACACUCACACUCAAAAUUAUCUUCUACUGGAGUUUAAGCUAUACACACACAAACACACACAUAUAUAUACACACACACACACACACACACACACACACACACACACACAGCACUGGCCCAUCAUCCAGGAUCUUCAGUGGACGGACAUCGCUGACGAUUACAUCGCUGUUGUUUUGUUUUUUCAUUUUGGAAUAUGAACAGAGCAUGGACAACCUUAUCGAUAUAUCAGUGUACUGGAGUACUUUUCCUAAACAAAGACUUUUAUCGUGUAUAAAUCGUGGCUCUUUCUGCAGACUGGAUGCUUAACACGCGACAGGAUGCUCCUCGUCCUUCAUCUCACCUCCACGAACGUUAUUUAUCUAAACAUUAUUUACAUCAAACGUUCAAAUCAUAAAACUGCUCGAGACCUUUUGAGAGUCUGGGUCAUGACUGUGCCGAUUACUGACCCUCCUGAAGGACACGGCACGGGACACCACGGCACGGGACACCACGGCACAGGACACUGUCUCAACUCCUCAUCGUCCAGCUCUGAACUUUUAAUCCUUUACUCUCUAUCCUUUCAUUCUUAAAAAACAAAUAGAGAUGAUAAAACACUUUGUACUUGACUGACGGUUAAAUAGGAACAGCUCAGAAAGUCAGAAAUGACAACACACACACACACACACAGAAUGUUACUGUUAACACACUGCUAUAUAUCUUUUUAUAUAAAAAAAUAGAAAUUAGAAUCUAAGAUAAGGAGAAAGAAAAUCUAUUUUCUGAGAUCACGUCACUAUAAAUAUGACUACAGGAACCCCCUGCACCCCUUUCAAAGGGUGCCAAUAAUUUUAUCCAAUCUAUUUAAAAUAAGUUUUUUAACUGUUUGGUGCAAACCAAAGAUGCACAUGUAUAAAUCAAUCUUUUCAAACAUCAGAACACGUUUGUUGGCUAAAUGUUCAGAUUUUUUUUUUUUAUGAUAUAAAGUCAUGCGUUCCAAUAUUUUUGGCUACAUCUGCACAAGUUGCUGAUUAAAGUAUAAACAGACGUGAGCUCGUGAGGGUGAGCAUGUUUAGUACCAUGAUAACAGCAUGGGAAAGAUGGGCUCAGUUUAGCCAAACUGUUCCUUAAAAUUCCAUGAGUCCUCAUAUAGCAUUCGCCUAUCUCAGUAUGAGUUUUAAAUUUUUUUGGUUUACCCAGAGAAGGCAGCAUGAUGACUUUAGUGGUUAGCAAUGUCGCCUCACGGCUACAGAGUCCAGGUUCGCAUCCCGUCUCAGGGUCUGUGUGCAUGUGAGUUCUCCCUGUGAUUGGUGGGUUUCCUCCGGGUACUCCGGCUUCCUCCCACAGUCCAAAGACAUGCAGAUUAGUCUAAUUGGCCUCCCCUAAUUGUCUGUCCAGGGUGUACCCCGCCUUGUGCCCUCAGACUGCUGGGAGAGGCUCCAGGCCCUGUACACAGGAUGAAGUGGUAUAGACGAUGAGUGAGUGAGUAAGUUAACCCAGACCUCUGACCCCUGAAACACACGAGUGUGUGUUGUUCACAUGUUGAAAAGAUGACAAGGAGAAUAUCUGUGGAAAUGAAGUGAAAGUGCCACGCGCUGGUGGUGAUCAUCUCUUUGUCAUAAUAUAUAUUUAUAUCUCCAGAGUGUGUACGUACACACACACACACACACACACACACACGUAGAUCAGAGAUGCAUUGAUCAUUUCUCAAGUUUCAGCACAAUGCUGAUUUGCUGCUACCCCCCCACUCCCCACACACACACACACACAUACACACACACACACACACAGGGCAUGUGCUGAUCAUAUCCUCAGUAUUUCAUCUUUACACCACUGUCUCAAGUGUCGCUUUACUCAGGGGGAGGGGCUGUGUGGAUCGACGGCGGUGCUAACAAAACUAGCGAGCUAAACACAUGUCUGCGGUUUUCUUCAGGACUGAUCGAGCUCCUGUUACAUUUUAACAGUAAUAAAGAGCUAUGAUAAUGAGGAGGAGGAGGAUGGUCUCACUAGCUAGUUCCAGCUAGUUCCAUUUGCUACAGUAUAUGCUUCUUGCUCUAGCGAGUCGCUAACCAGAAGACCUAAUCGAGGACCUAGCAUGGAAUAAACGUCACAUCGAAUCCCAAAUGCGACACCGCUAAUUGAAAACGGGCAGUAAUAAAAACUUUGAUUUAACAUCAGCACAUGUCCUGUUGACAGACACACACUCACAUACACGAACAGAGCGCGUGGCUAAUAUCCCUGAGGGUCGGGCUCGGCAGCUAGCACAGCCUGCGCUCGCGGCUCCUUCGGCGUCUCGCUGUGACCCGCUAGCUUCCUGACUUCCUUUAUUUCAGAACGACUGAAACUAACACAACUGUACAGAGUUUAAGCUGCAGAGAAGCAUUUCUAUGUGUUAAAAGAUGUUUUAUUGUUAUUAUUGUAUAGAUUCUUGUUUGUUUUUGUUUUUUUUCUUUUUGUACAAAUGGAUUUUUUACUUGUGUUAAAGGGAUUGUGAACAUUUUUCUAAUUUAUUAACACAAAGUCAGACGGAUUCAGCUCCGUUUUAUUUUCUUCUCCGUGUGCAUCAGUAAUAAUAAGAUGUGUUUUAGGAGCAAUGCUGUUUUAUCUCUAUUAAUCCAUUUUUAUAACCUCUAAUAAUUAAAACAGAUAGUUUUAAAGGAGCGGCGCUGUAGAACAACAGAGACUCCGGGUAAAGGCUCUGUUAGGAAUGUUAGAACAGGUUCAUUACAGUGCUGAUUAAGUUAUUGAGAUUUGUUUAAUGUCAGAUUACAUUGAAACGACUACUUUUGGUUUUUGUUUGGUUUAAAAAUGAACUUUAUGAUUGCGUACAUAAUGAUUUUGCCUCUAAUACUCCUGACCGUAGUUAUGCGUCUCUAACACUGACCAGACAGUGGCAUCUGCACUCCGAGAAGAAAUAAAACCAGACACUCCUCCUGACUUUGUAAAAGCAGUAAUAAAAUGUAAAGAAACACAACAUUUCGUUGCCAAAAUGCUGAACAGCCUCCUUAACUCACUGGACAGUACUUAAUGAACCACUUUGUCUGUUUUUUUUUUUUGUUUGUUUCGUUUGUUCUCCACACCGUGUUGUGCCAGUUAUUUAACAGAGUGUCUCAGAUAGCUCAGUAUCCAUGUAACUGUUGUAAAGUUAAUUAAGAGAUAUUUAUAAUUCCUUUGUUUGGUCGUCUCUCGGGUGUAAAUAUGAAAAGUCUGUAUAUGAAUUUUUCUGCUUUUGCGAUACUAACAAGCCGUGUUGUGUGACAGUAAAUUACUUUUUUGCUAUCUUUUAAUAUAAAACCGCAUUUGAAUAUAAACUGUGUACAUUGUUUUGUUAGUUUAUCUUCUGUGUGUUUAAGAGAUUUGAGUUAUGAAUAAUAAUAAUAAAUAUGUUUUAUUUGUAUA